GGCAACCAUCUAAUGCCAGCAGGAUUUUGAAGUGCCGAGGAAAUCGGUUGAGUUGGGAUCUCUGCCUUGUAAUGAUCUUGCAUGGUUUGUGGCAUGAAUCUCUGGGGUUGAAGAAGGAAGAGUUUGCGAGAAAAUAUAAAACAUCCAACCUCAGUGUGGGCUUAAGAGAACCCACUUUAAAAAUUCAUGGCGUUGCGAUCCAGAUAUGUGAAUCAGUGGGUGAACUGAUCAGAGCCGCUGGCUGAGAACCCUGCAAUGAAUGCCUCUCAGUAAGUGAGAUGUCAGCGUGGAUGAACAGGAGGAGCUAACAUGGUUUCCAAGAGGGCCGGAGUAUUUGCUUUCUGCCCAGCUGCCAGACUGCUUUUGGAGUAAGCCUUCAGCAGAAUUGGGGAAAGAAGGCAAAGAAGAGGGGGAGUUAAUUAUCUGGCAAAGGAGCAAGAUGGAAAGUGUCUACCUGUGCUCAGUGCUGGCUUUGGUGCACCAUGCCCUCGCUGUGACUUGGCUAUACCUGGCCAAACAGCCCUCCCUCCGAGGGCUUGUGAGGGACCCCAGCGCCUGCGAAAGCUUGAAGGGUUUGUCACAGGAGCAAGUGAGGAUAUGCCACCGCCAAGCGGAAGCCAUGGACUCGGUAAAGCAUGGCGCUGAGGUGGCCCUCAAAGAGUGCCAGCACCAGUUUCGCAACCGCCCCUGGAACUGUUCCACCCUGCAGGGGCUGCAGGUUUUCGGGAAAGUUAUUCUGCAAGGCACUCGGGAAUCGGCUUUUGUUCACGCUGUCUCUUCAGCUGGGAUCGCAUUUGCUGUGACCCGAGCCUGUAGCCGCGGCGAACUGGAAAAGUGUGGGUGUGAUCGCAAGGUCAGAGGAGUCAGCCCUGAAGGGUUCCAGUGGUCAGGCUGCUCUGACAACUUGUCCUAUGGCAUUGCCUUCUCCCAGGCCUUCGUGGACACCACGGAGCGGAACCGUGGCGCUUCCUCCAGCAGAGUACUAAUGAACUUGCACAACAAUGAAGCAGGCAGAAAGGCCAUCCUGUCCCACAUGAAGGUGGAGUGCAAGUGUCACGGGGUGUCGGGGUCCUGUGAGAUCCGCACGUGCUGGAAGGUCAUGCCCCCGUUUCACCAAGUGGGCAACCUCCUGAAGGAGAAAUUUGAAAGCGCCACGGAAGUGCACCUGAAGCGCGUGGGAUCCCGAAAGCUGCUGGUACCCAAGAGCUCCCGCUUUAAGCCCUACGCUACUCAUGACUUGGUCUACUUGGUGGCCAGCCCGGAUUUCUGUAACUGGGACCCCCGAGGAGGGAUCUUUGGCACCACGGGACGUCAGUGCAACAGGUCUUCCCCCGCUGUGGACGGCUGCGAGCUGCUUUGCUGCGGCCGCGGCUUUCGCACGGCUCAGGCUGAGGUGGUGGAAAGAUGCAGCUGCAAGUUCCGCUGGUGCUGCUCAGUGAAGUGCAGGCAAUGCCGGCAUCUGGUGGAAUUGCACCGCUGCCGCUAGGAGGGCAGGUGGGAAGAGGAAGGGGCCGCUUGCCAAGGAAACAGAAACUCUGGCUAGGGACUCUUUCGUCCAUCAAAGGGGCAGAAGCCAAGUGAGUCACAGGGCGACAGGCUCCGUUGCCAAGAGCUGGGUGUGAGCGGUUGGGAAGGACACGUUUCAGGAGCGUACCCUACCCAACAUGACGACGUCUUUCUGGCAGAGGCUGCGGCAAUCCAAAUGGUUCGCUUUGUUCCGCUUUUCUUGGGACACUCUGUUUUUUGGACACAGGGCAUGCAGCCAACUAAUUUCCUUGCAUAGUAGAAAUAAAAUGACUUUACUACAGAAGUCUGUGUGCUUUUGUGG